AUGGCGGCGGCCGCCCGGCUGGGCCUGGCCCGCUCGCCUCCGCGCGGUCGCCUCGCCGCCGCCGCCGCCGCCCGCUCCUCCGCCUCGGCGCCUCCUCACCGCCGCCCGACGGGCCUGCGCUGGGACCAGCGAGCGAGCGACGGCGCGCGGCCAGGGGCGCUGAGGGGAGCGAGGGGGAGGAGGGGCCGCAGCAGCCACAUCCGGGGCCUCGCGCCGCCACGCCCCGCCCCCGCACGCUCGGCACCCAUUGGCUCGCCGCCCCGGCCUCCCUUUAAAUAUGGCCGCGCCGCUGGCCUAGGGGCGGGCCCCGCGCUCUACGCCUGCGCAACCAGCGCCGCGGGCCCGGGCGGGCUUUCCCUGGCUCUCCGCCCCCUCCUCAGCCAACUCCCGGCGGGCCCCGCGCGGGCGGGCCUGCGAGCCGUGUACCCCCAGCUAGGCGCUCCCUCUGUGGAAGAGACCAGGACAGCUUCCCCUGCUCUGGGCUGGAAGGCCGCCCGGCUGGGAUGCGCCCCGCCCCUUCUCCAGCACCCGCGGGCCGGAGUCCCUGCCCCGGGGAGGAAGGCGAGGGCCGGGGUCCCUAACCGCGACGUGGAGGCGGGGUUCGAGGUCCCCGUCCCGCGAGGUUCAGGCGGGGGGCCGGGAGUCCCUAUCCCGCUGACUGAAGGCGAGGUGCUGAGGCCGGGGUCCCUAAACAGCAGCGUGGAGGCGGGGGGGCCGGGAGUCCCUGCCCCGCCGAGCGAAGGCGGGGUUUGGGGGUCCCUGUCCGCGACGUGGAGGCGGUGUUCGGGGUCCGUGUCCCAGGAGGUGAUUGCGGGGUUCAGGGUCCCUGUCCCGCGAGGUGCAGGCGGGGGGCCGGGAGUUCCCAUCCCGCUGAGUAAAGAUGAGGUGCUGGGGCCGGGGUCCCUAACCGCGGCAUGGAGGCGGGGGGGCCGGGAGUCCCUGUCCCGCCGAGCGAAGGCGGGCGGCGGCGUGGAGGCGGGGUUCGGGGUCCCUGCCCGCGACGUGGAGGCGGGGGACCGAGAAUCCCUGACCCCGGAGGCGAAGGCGGGCGCCGGGGUCCCUAACCGCGACGUGGAGGUGGGGCCUGCCCUCUGGGCGCAGGGCGCAGUGGCGGCUGCGGGUUACGAGCGCUUCCGGCGCGUCUUGGGGGCCUACCUGGGGUGUGACCCCAUCCUCAUUCCCGAGGGCCUGAGCCCCUGCUUACCUGCCUCCUCAGGCUGGGAUAGCGGCGCUGUCCACGCACGAAAUAGUCACGCAGGGGGCACCAUGUGGGCUGCCCUCACCCAUCCAAGCACGCUGCUCACAUCAGCACUGUGUGCCUCUCAUGAAGGUACCUCCAGGAUCACCAACCCCUCGAGCCAGCCCCCCGCCCACGCCCGGCUCCAGGCGCUGGAGGGGACCCGGCACCGGUGCCGCGGGUCCCAGCCCCCCGCCCUCCCACAGCCCGCGCGUCCCGCUCCGCCGGGGCGCGGAGCCCGGGUCCAGGGGCUCGGCCCGGGGUGUGGGACCCGCGUCCUCGGGCGGCGCGGGCCGGCUCCCGCGGCCCAGGGGCCGCGGCUGUCCCUGAAGACGGGCACCAGGAAGCCCCCUCCAAACGUCCCGGAACACCGUCUCUGGGUCAAGAGCAAACAAACGAACACCCGCACGAAGAGGACUGUACCUGAGCCAGUUCUACGGCCGAGGUGCUGGCGCGCAGGGUUUUGGGUCACGCACUUUGUCAAAGGGAGGAGAGGAAACAGACGGGAAGACAAGAGGCCGUCCACACUGGACCCCUCCCGCCUCGGAACUACGGGCGCCACAGGCGCUGAUUCAGGGACACUCGUGUGCGGGGGCCCUGCCGCCCGAGGCCGGGCGCCGCUCCGGGGAGGCUCGGGCCGCGGCACGGGCGCGGGAACAGGGACGCGCGGGGCGCUGGGCGCACCGACGCCGCGAAGCGCGUCCUCGGCUGGGCCCGGCCCGUCCGCAGCCGUGGCGCCGACGCCGGGCCGCCAGCCCUACUCCCCCCGCCCCCGGCCUCGGCCCCGCGAUGGCGGCGGCGGCGGCGGCGGCGGCGGCGGCGGCGCGGAGGGGCCUCGGGAGCACGGCCUCCCUCCCUCGCCUGCCCGGCGCUCCCGUCAGCUCUGGCCGCAGCCAUUUUGGAGCGAGCGCAGACAAAGAGAGAGUCACCGCCGUUGCCUCCAGCAGGCGCAGGCCGCCGGCCCCGCCCGCCGCGCCCUGCCGGUCUUCCGCCUGGAGCCCGGGCCCGCCCGGCCGCCCGCACCCCCUCAGCCCGCCAGCCCGGGGCCGCCUGCUCCCCCACGGAGCCCAGGCCGCCCGCCCGCGCCCCGGCCUCUGCCGCUCGCAGCCAUUGGCCGCGCCUUUUAA